AUGGAUUUGCAUUUGUUUGACUACUCGGAACCAGGGAACUUCUCUGACAUCAGCUGGCCGUGUAACAGCAGUGACUGCAUCAUGGUUGACACCAUGACAUGCCCCAACAUGGCCAACAAAAGUGUUCUGCUCUACACCCUAUCCUUCAUCUACAUCUUCAUCUUCGUGAUCGGCAUGAUCGCCAACUCCGUGGUGGUCUGGGUGAACAUCCAGGCCAAGACCACCGGCUACGACACACACUGCUACAUCUUAAACCUGGCCAUCGCCGACUUGUGGGUGGUGGUCACCAUCCCGGUCUGGGUGGUCAGCCUUGUGCAGCAUAACCAGUGGCCCAUGGGUGAGCUCACUUGUAAGGUCUCUCACCUCAUCUUCUCCAUCAACCUCUUUGGCAGCAUCUUCUUCCUCACCUGCAUGAGCGUGGACCGCUACUUGUCCAUCACCUACUUCACCAACACCUCGAGCCACAGGAAGAAGGUGGUUCGUCGUGUCGUCUGCGUCCUGGUGUGGCUGCUGGCCUUUUGCGUGUCCCUGCCCGACACCUACUACCUGAAGACUGUCACAUCCGCAUCCAACAACGAGACCUACUGCCGAUCCUUCUACCCGGAGCAUAGCGUCAGGGAGUGGCUGAUCAGCAUGGAGCUGAUGUCAGUGGUCUUGGGCUUUGUCAUUCCUUUCUGCAUCAUCGCCAUCUUCUACUUCUUGCUGGCCCGAGUCCUCUCGGCCUCUGGAGACCAGGAGACGCACAGCAGUCGGAAGAUCAUCUUCUCCUAUGUGGUGGUCUUCCUGGUGUGCUGGCUGCCCUACCAUGUCGUGGUGCUCCUGGACGUUGUCUCCAUACUGCACUACAUCCCCUUCACUUGCCAGCUGGAGAACUUCCUCUUCUCGGCCCUGCACAUCACGCAGUGCCUGUCCCUGGUGCACUGCUGUGUCAACCCCGUGCUCUACAGCUUCAUCAACCGCAACUACAGGUACGAGCUGAUGAAGGCCUUCAUCUUCAAGUACUCGGCCAAAACGGGCCUCACCAAGCUCAUCGACGCCUCCCGGGUGUCGGAAACAGAGUACUCUGCUUUGGAGCAAAAUACCAAGUGA